GGGCUCCCCAUUUGGGGGGUCCCUGUCGCGGUGCGCACGCCCCCCCGCUGACGCCCCCUCCCCGCAGACGGAGCGCGCCUACCAGAAGCAGCCGACCAUCUUCCAGAACAAGAAGCGGGUGCUGCUGGGCGAGGGCGGCAAGGAGAAGCUGCCCCGCUACUACAAGAACAUCGGGCUGGGCUUCAAGACCCCCAAGGAGGCCAUCGAGGGCACCUACAUCGACAAGAAGUGCCCCUUCACGGGCAACGUGUCCAUCCGCGGGCGCAUCCUCUCAGGCGUGGUGACCAAGAUGAAGAUGCAGCGCACCAUCGUCAUCCGCAGGGACUACCUGCACUACAUCCGCAAGUACAACCGCUUCGAGAAGCGCCACAAGAACAUGUCCGUGCACCUCUCGCCCGCGUUUAGGGACGUGCAGAUCGGCGACAUCGUCACCGUGGGCGAGUGCCGGCCCCUCAGCAAGACCGUCCGCUUCAACGUGCUCAAGGUCACCAAGGCGGCCGGCACCAAGAAGCAGUUCCAGAAGUUCUGAGCGCGCCGGGGGCCGAUAAAACGUUGCCUACAAACGAGCUCGGGGUGUCAGUGAAAUAAAGAGGGAGGUAACGGCGCGUGGGAACUCGCAGGGCUCCGAGAAUGAGCGCAGCGGGCACGUUUUGGGGAGAGSCGAGGGUUCUGCGGAUGCCGCUGCGGUGUUUGGGGUUCCUCUGCAGGAGGAAGCGAGCGAGGGAGAAGACGGUGAGGUUUGUGCCUCUUAAUAAAGAGGAAUUUGGGGUU